AUGUUGAGCGUAGAGCGCGCGAAAAGAUUACAUGACUAUGUUCGACAAUGGAGUACGCUGGAAGUUGUGCGGUUUAUUUUGAUCGCAAUUAUGUUCGUUUGCCUUAUGUAAGUUAUAUUUAAAAAAAAAAAUUUUUUUUGACUUUUUCAAAAUUUUUGCGAAAAAUGGAUUUUUUUUGCACAAAAUUUUAAUGUCCUAAAGUUAAUUUUUUCAAUCCUUACUGUUUUAGCCGCUAAAUUGUUAAUUUUUUAUUUUUCGCACAGUGCAGUCCGAAUUUUAGCCUAUUUUCCCGUCUGCACCGUGCAACCGAAAUUUUCUCUUCAUUUAGGGUUUGCACUGUGCGACGGCCUUUCUUUCUUGUUUUUGAUGCCGCACUGUGCAGACGAAUUUUUUACUUGUUUUUGCUGACGCACAGUGCAAAGCCAUUUCCCUCUUGUUUUUGAUGCCGCACCGUGCGACGGCCUUUUUCCCUUCAUUUUGGCCGCGCACAGUGCGAACGCUCGCAAAUCCUUUCUUCUUUUCUUGUCGCAGCCGCACUGUGCAGCCAACAGUGUAGCCUAGUUUCGACGGUGCACAGUGCAGCCCAAAUCUUAGCCUGUUUUUUCCCACGCACAGUGCAGAAAUCACUUUCUUCCCGAAUACAAAAAUAUAUUUGCGUUUUCAGGAUAAUCGUGAUUCUCACUGUCUACAUAAUUCUCCAGCUCGCAUUUGUGGCCGACACCGCCACGGAAAACGUGGCAAAAGGGCCGCUGGGACCGAUUUUGGUCAAAUUGUUCCCUGUAAAGCAUGAGUAA